UUCUCUCUGGGAGGGGCAGGGCAUAUCUGAACCAGAGUUUCCUAAGCUGGAGAGCUUCCUGCCAACCCUACGGUUCACUGAAUUCUGGUACAUGGAAAGGGAUAUCAACUUGAUGGGAUCCCUCCCAUGAGGUCAGUACUCCUACCAGCGGCCUCUGCUGCCUCUGUAACCCACUCCUACCUCCAUGCUUGCUGGAGAGCGCCACUGCUGCCCCUAAUGACAGCAACAAUGUGGAGGUCUUGUUAAUUGGGAGAAAAACGGUGAUUCAGAAACGAAUGUUGGGCAGAAAAACAGAUCCCUGCUCCUCUACCUUCUAUUAGCAUCAUGACCCGGCACAAGCAGAAAAGAUCUAGCAAGAAAUCCAAACAUAGCAAGAAAAAGGAUGCCAAACCACGUGGGAAAAAGGAUUCAGGAGUACCUCAGCUGUCACACUUCAAAGAGCAUGUCAAAAAGGAACUGGCCCUAAGGCAGAAAAGGGUUACAGAACUGCAGGAGCAGCAACAAAUGGCACGACAGAAGGAAAUCAGCCGGUUCCGGAGUCUGGAAGGGUUGCAGAAGGAUGCCUUGCGUAGACAGCAACGCUUUGAGCAGAAGGAGAUGGAUCUGAAGCAAUUGGCCAAACACACUCUGCUGGAAAAAGACAGCUCUUGCAAGGCAUAUUACAAGGAGUUCAGGAAGGUAAUUGAAGCAGCUGAUGUGAUCCUGGAAGUCCUUGAUGCUCGGGAUCCCCAAGGUUGCCGCUGCCCCCAGGUUGAACAGGCAGUGGUGCAGGCUGGAACCAGCAAGAGACUGGUUCUGGUGCUAAAUAAAAUAGAUCUGGUAUCUAAAGAGAUUGUUGCAAAGUGGCUGAAGUACCUGAGGAAUGAAUUUCCUACGGUGGCCUUUAAAUCCUCCACUCAGCAACAGAGCAAAAACCUGCAACAGAGCCACGUCCCUGUAACCCGAGCAUCAAGUGACUUGCUAGGCAGUGGAGCCUGUGUUGGGGCAGACUGCCUCAUGAAGGUGCUAGCGAACUAUUGCCGGAAUCAGGAUGUCAGGACCACCGUCACUGUUGGAGUCGUGGGCUUCCCAAAUGUUGGCAAAAGCAGCUUGAUCAACAGCUUGAAGAGGAGCCGGGCCUGCAGUACUGGUGCCACUCCUGGCAUCACCAAAUGCCUGCAAGAGGUGCAGCUGGACAAGCACAUAAAGCUCCUAGACUGUCCAGGGAUUGUCAUGGCUUCUCCCACCUCAGAUGCUGCCAUGAUUCUGCGAAAUUGCAUCAGAAUAGAACAACUGGCUGACCCUGUGAGUCCUGUGGAGGCCAUCUUGAAACGAUGCAACAAGCAGCAGAUUAUGCAGCACUUCAGCGUGCCGGAUUUUCAGAACACCACGGAGUUCCUAGCAUAUUUGGCCAAGAGACAGGGCAAGCUGAAAAAAGGAGGGAUACCAGACCAUGAGAAGGCUGCCAAAGCAGUGCUAAAUGACUGGACGAGUGGGAAAAUCAGCUAUUUCACACAUCCACCUGAGAUACACACACUUCCUACUCACAUCAGUGCUGAGAUUGUGGCAGAAAUGGGCAAAGCCUUUGAUUUUGAGGCAUUGGAGCAAGAGAACGAGAAGGCUUUGGCUAAUUUAAUCUCUGGUCCUGUGGGUAUCACCUUGGAGGGUUCUGGCCUAACCAGUGGAGCAGAAAUUGAGAUGGCGGAGGAAGAAGGGCUGCAUAUUACAGAAGAAGAGGGUACUAAGAUGGAAGAAGAUGAGAAUCAUGAGUUUGGCCCAAUGACUAUAGAGCUGAAGUCCAAGGGCAAGACCCUAACAGAAGCAGCAGAGGUGGUGCCCAGAGGGCCUGACUUAGGGGAGAUCUCAGCCUUGGACCCCCUGUAUCAGGGACAGGGCCUCCGGGCAGCGAGCAAGAGACGCAAAAAGCGGCAGAAGCGGGCAGACAAAAUUGCAACCAAGCUCUCUGCAAGCCUGACAGCAGCUAUGAAUUUCAGCUUGACAGAUGACUGAGGAAAGCUGGAUGCUGGGCUGCUACUUGAUCUACCUCAGGAAGACUGUUCCCAGCAUGGAACCAGUAGGAGAAAGGAUGCAAAGGGGUUCCCAUCAUACCCAUGCAUCAUUGAGGAAUGGACAGCCUAGGCCCUAUGAAGAACUAAUGAGCUGUUUUAUCAAGAAAUUUUAUUGAACAGGUUAAAAUCAGACAGUGUUAAAAUAAGGGUGUAAUUGCAUUAGCAUUUUCUCAGAUUUGGCUCUUAGUAUUACAGCAGAUUCACAAAAAAUAAAGUCUCAGUGUCAAAUUUGGUUGAACAGAGGUACAAGCAGGAGUGCAGUUCUGCUCUUCUAAAAGAGCAUACAUGAAUGCCAUUCCUGGGGACUGUGACUCAGGGGAACACCUCAGUUCUAGUCAGAGUUGCAGAAAGAAGGCUACUGGGCCAAAUCAUGUACAAGGGGAAAUCCUAGAGUUAAUUAAAUUUAAUUUAAAAAACUCUUUGUAACCAUUUUGAUCUCUUGAUCUAUUUUCUUGCAAGCCAGGGACAGAAAAUCAAAAGUAGCUGCAUUAAGAAAAUGGGGCAGGCCAUAUCAAACCCAGGACAUAAUAAUAUUUGGCUCAACUCUUGCCUGCUCAGGUUGCUUAAUAUCUCAGAGAUUUUAGGAUACUCAUAGGGAAAAUCAAGUAAAGGAGUCCUAUAUCCUGGGCUGCUUAUUCCCUUACUCAAAGAAAUAUGAUUAUUGACCAAAACCCUGCCAGAAAAGACGCUGCUUCCUCUGGCUGUAUUGGUGCACAGUGACGUGAUACCUCUUUGGCUUUUCUUGCGGGCAUUGGGGCUCAGGCUUCAUAGCGUGUGGAAGGGUCUGGGUCUUGUAGAGACUGCCGGCUCCGAAGGUUGUACCGUGGAGUCUGUAACAGGCAAGGCAAACCUGAUAUAGAAAAUAUCCACAGGCCUACUUUAUUAUUAAUUUAACUGCAAGCUGUCCAGAGUCACGAAUGUCAGAUGGAUGGCUAUGUAAAUUUAA